CCCAGUAUUUGACGAAGAGCCUCCGAGAAGGAAAGUCUUACAAGUUUUUUUUUAUGACUGGUAUAUUUCUGAGCAUUUUAGAGUCAAUACGUCGAGCGUAACCAUGGGAAUCAAGGUCUAUGUAACCAGUAUUUCAUGCUCAAGCGAGGUUAGAAAACGACAACAACUCGUGAAUUUUCUUCUGGAUGGUAACAGAGUUGACCAUGAAAAGAUUGAUGUUGCUGUAGAUGAAAACAUCAAGAAGGGAAUGUGGGAGCUGUGUACUAAGAAGCCAAAAAAGGGGAAACCACAGCCUCCCCAGUUCUUCAAAGACGACGAGUAUUUAGGAGAUUAUGAAGACUUCGAAAAGGCUAAAGAAAGUGAAAAGUUGUGGCAGUUUUUGAAAAUCAAUGAUCCAACUCCCAAACCGAAAAAAAGGUUCCGUCGAGAAGACAGUGUAGACGAAGAACCAGUGAAAGAAGAAGAAGUGGCGGCCAAAGAGGAUGUUACUGUAGAGGCUGCCGUGGAUGAAGAUGAUGCAAAAGCAAGUGAUGGGGAAGAGGAAGAAGAUGAUGAGAAAGAAGCUGAAAGUGAUGAAGAAGGUGAUGAAAAGAAAAAAGAAGAUACAGAAGGAUCAGAGGCAGAAGAUGAUGACGGUGAGAAGAAUGAAAAGGGAGGGGAUGAGGAAGAAGAAGAAGAAAAGAAAAAGGAGACGGGCGAAGAUGAUGAGUUAAUGGCUCUCCUUGGAGGAGGAAAAGGAGAAUCGGAACAAACAGAAGAUGUAGAAGAAAAGACGGAAGAAAAAAGCGAGGAAGAUGAUUUAAUGGCUCUCCUUGGAGGGGGCAAGGAAGGGUCAGAGCAAAAAGAAGAAAUAGAAGAAAAGACAGAAGAAAAGAGUGAGGAGGAUGAUCUAAUGGCUCUCCUUGGAGGAGGAAAGGGAGGAUCAGAACAACAAGAAGAGGUAGAAGAAAGGAUUGAAGAAAAGACUGAGGAUGAAGAUUUGAUGGCUCUUUUAGGUGGAAGUAAAACUAAUGAUGAUGAAGAAGCUGCAGGAGAGGAAGAGGGGGAGGAGGAGGAAAAGGAGGAGGAAAAAGAGGAGGAAGAGGGGGAUGGGAAAGAGGAGGAGGAAGAAGAGGGGAUUGCAGAUAAUGAAACAGAGGAUAAGGAAGAAGAGGAAAUGGCUGAUGAGACAGAAGAGAAAAAAGACGAAACGACAGAGGAAGAUGAUAUAAUGGCUCUUUUAGGGGGAGGAGCAACUAAAAAAGAUGAUGAAAAAGAAGAACAGGACAAAAACAAAGAGGAAGUGUCAGUGGAGGAAAAUACAGAAGCAAAAUCAGAAGAUACUGAACCCGAAAAAGUAGAAGAGAAAGAGGAAGAUAAAAAAGAGGAAGUGGAAGAAGAGAAGAAGGAGGAAGACGAUGAUUUAAUGGCUCUUUUGGGAGGCAAAUCAAAGAAAGACGAUGAAGAUGAAGAUUCUUCUAGAAGUCCAUACAGAAGCCCAUACAGUCGAAGAAAGUGGGCUGAUGAUGACGAUGAUGAAGAUUCAGGUAUGAGAUUCUUGAGGUCAGGAAGUGGAAGAAGAAGAAGACAAUUAGAUGAUGAAGAUGAAGAUGUCAUGGCAUUUCUUGGGUAAUCAAAUAUGCGACGAAUAUUUACAGUUAUCCCUGCCAGUUACUAGUCAUAAACAGACAUAUGAACAUUGUGCUACGUGAUUUAUUUAAUAAUAAUACAAAACCAAAAACCAUUAGCAAUAAGUAAGUAAGUAACUAGCUAAUUAAUUAAUGUGUACAUAAACACAAAAUUUAACCUAAAAUGUUCAGGCCAAACUAUAAAUAUUUAGACUUUUAGGACACAAUAUUUGCUCUCUAACAAAAAAUCACAAUGGAUUGGUUCUUUUAGAGGGAUAGAGCCAUUUCUCUUUCUUUUCCUUAGAUGGACAUCACGUCAUUCUUUGUCUCCAAGUGGUAUUUUUAAUUUUGCUGAGGCUUUAUGCUAAUUUAUCCCCAUCCGAUGAGAAAUGAUUGUCUGCCCCUAAACUGACUGGUUCUUCUGCUCACGUGAUAUGUAUGUAUAUGUAAAUAAAUUUUAUUUUCAC